UCACCUCUUCCUCUGUUGUCGGCGUGUGAGGCUCGUGAAGACUUGUGGCCCUCCUUGUGAGGCACAUGGGGGGGCCAGGAGUGGCGGGCCGGUGUCGCAACAGCUGAGCAGCCGUCGGCGGUGGGCGGCACAAGUGUGGGUGCCCCUGAAGAGACAGGCAGAUGGACACACACACAUGAAUGUAGGAUGAAUGCAUCCGCGUGUGUCGGUGAAGUGUGCUGACCUGAAUUUGCAUGUCAGCUGUGCUGCUGCAGUGGGAGGGCAUUGGCCAACCAGACGCACACCACAAUGCAGCGAUGCGCACCGACGGGUCCUGACCACGCAACACACGACAGACACAACACACGACAGGCAAGGGUAAGAACCAUGCAGUGAGUGAACGGUGUUGUUUUGAGUUGCCCUCGCCUCGCCCAUCCGUACCAGAGUGUCGCAGCACAGCCACAAUGCUCCGCGCACUGCACCUUGCAGAGCCGCAGGUAAUUGAGAAUGGAGUGUCCACCGCACCCACCCGUCAAAUCACAUCGCCACUUCUCGUCGCCGUCAAGCAGUGGCUGAACCGACCACACGAGAAGCUGGCCGUGCCCUGUUCGGCACCUGCCUCUGUCGGCGUAUGCGCCCACGUGUGCAUAGCGAGGUAGAGGGCCGGUAAGGUAUGUAGUGGGAGAGAUGGAAAGGCGGCAUCGCCGGAUGGACUGAUACCCACCAAUAUGUACCCCCAAAGAACCUGACGCGAUCGGUGGGCUCAUCGAAGGCCGAUGUAUGGGCAUGGACAGCGCCCGGGCGGCCACAAUCAUCAUCAGACGUGGCCAUCUCCUCCCAUGCUGCCUCGGUCCCGUCCACCCUUAGCCGCCACACGUCGCCCGGCACCCGCCCGCCGCUUCCAACUCCUCCACUCAGGAAAUCCUCGUUCUGGCCGCUGCUGUAGCUGCCGACCUGACACAU